ACGACAAUCUACUAACGUUGCAGCUUCCACACGCCGUCGAGACGCCGCAGUCAAGAUGAAGCUCAACAUCUCCUACCCCAACAAUGGAACCCAGAAGUUGAUCGAGGUCGACGAUGAGCGCAAGCUCCGCGUCUUCAUGGACCGCCGCAUGGGUCAAGAAGUCCCUGCCGACAGCAUUGGCGACGAGUUCAAGGGCUACAUCGUCAGGAUCACCGGCGGUAACGACAAGCAAGGUUUCCCGAUGAAGCAGGGUGUCAUGCACCCAACUCGUGUCCGCCUCCUCCUCGCUGAUGGCCACUCCUGCUACCGCCCCCGCCGCACUGGUGAGCGCAAGAGGAAGUCCGUCCGUGGAUGCAUUGUCGGCAUGGACCUCUCUGUCCUUGCUCUCAGCAUCGUCAAGAAGGGUGACGAGGACAUUCCCGGCCUGACCGACAUUGUCCACCCCAAGCGCCUCGGUCCCAAGCGUGCCACCAAGAUCCGCCGCUUCUUCGGUCUCAGCAAGGAAGAUGAUGUGAGUUACCUCAUAGCUUCUUCGCCAAUCCUGCUUCGCAUAGCGGAUUGAGUCUCGCUCGUCCUGCUACAAGCAGCGUAUUGAGUCUGAGCAACAAGAAGUGAGCUAGUAAAGUUUCAAGGUUUGAAGACUAAUCAUUGCAUGUGUAGGUCCGCAAGUUCGUCAUCCGCCGUGAGGUCCAGCCCAAGAAGGAGGGCGCCAAGCCCUACACCAAGGCCCCCAAGAUCCAGCGUCUUGUUACUCCUCAGCGUCUCCAGCACAAGCGUCACAGGCUGGCACUCAAGCGCCG